AAAGUAAGUUUCUACUUCUCAGAAACCCCAAUUCUGCUUAAGUUUGACUGUCAAGUGGAACUUGAACUGAAGCUGACUGAAUACAAACUCUUUGAGAGCAGCAAACUCUUUUGAGAGCAGUUUGUCUUUGCAUCUCCAGUUCCUACCGCAGCACAUGGAGCAGACAUUUAUUAAAGAUUUGCCAUUUGAAUGCCCAUCAAUUGGAGAAUGGCUGAGUAAAUUGUGGUAUAUGAAUGUUAUGGAAUAUUGUUGUUCUGUAAGAAAUGACCAACAGGAUGAAUACAGAGAGGCUUGGAGAGACUUACAUGAACUGAUGCUGAAUGUAAUGAGUAGGACCAGGAGAUCAUUAUACACUUCCACAACGAUACUGUAUGAGGAUGUAUUCUGAUGGAAGUGGAUUUCUUUGACAAAGAGACCUGAGUUUCAAUUGAUAAAUGAUGGACAGAAGCAGCUACACCCAAAGAAAGAACACUGGGAAACGAAUGUGAACUAUUUGCAUUUUUGUUUUUCUUCCCGGGUUAUUUUUACCUUCUGAAUCCAAUUCUCCCUGUGUAAGAAGAGAACUGUUCGGGGUUCUGCAAACAUAUAUUGUAUCUAGGAUAUACUUUAACAUAUCUAACAUAUACAGGACUGCUUGCCACCUAGGGGAGGGGGUGGAAGGAGGGAGGGGAAAAAUUGGAACAGAAACGAGUGCAAGGGAUAAUGUUGUAAAAAAAAUUACCCUGGCAUGGAUUCUGUCAAUAUAAAGUUAUUAUUAAAUAAAAUUUAAAAUAAAAUAUUAAAAAAAAUAUUUGCCAUUAAUUGACAGGAUGCUAACUAGGGCAAAAGAGAGAGAAGUUGACUGGCUAUAGUGCUAUUAAGGAAGUGGAGAAUGUUGUAAUAUCUCUUAAGAGGAAUAUAGACAUUUAGAUAUGUAAUUAAACACACACAGAGAACUAAUAAUAAUAAAGAGCUCACCAGGAGCCAGGGAUGUGGAGAGGGCAAUGUAUUAUUUAUGUACACUAUAAGGGGAAAAGGAGGGUCUUAAUUUUUUUUUUCUUUCUGUUAUCAUAGAACCCUCUGACAACACCCUUUCCAGAACAUGGGGAAUUAAAAAAAAUUUUUUUCUUAAUGCAACAUUUCAGUUUCAGGUUACUGAAAAACACAAGUUUAUUUAACUGCUGAUGAAAGAUCAAAAAUCCCCUGUCUUACACCCCGACCACACACUAAGAUCUGGGAAAGGGGGGAGGAAAUCAUGUGAGAACAAGCUCAGGAACACGUGGUUGUGCCCGCCUCCUCUACCUCCUCCUUUUUCCUCCGUCCCAUGGGGUACGGGACCAUUGGAGGCGUAAUGGGACGGGUUCACGGCGCCCUAAGACCGCGCGCGCCACGUCACGACGUCAGUAAAGAUGGCGGCCCCCUGCAGUCUCCGAGUACUAUUCGGUCGCCAUUGAUUUUGAGCAACUGCAGUGCCCCCGUCACGGUUCUUAACAGGGGCGAUUUCUGCCCCGCUCUCACUAUGCUCCCCUUAGGCCAUUGGAGUUGCCGGUUAGCGGCUCGCCUCAGCAAACAGCCCCUACCGAUAUCCCGCUCUUACGGAGGCCCUGCAGUGCCACACUACGACGUGGUGAUCAUUGGCGGGGGACAUGCGGGGACAGAGGCGGCGGCGGCCGCGGCUCGCUGUGGCUCCCGGACUCUGCUGCUUACGCACCGCUUAGACACUAUCGGUCAGAUGUCUUGUAAUCCUUCCUUUGGAGGUAUUGGGAAAGGUCAUUUAAUGAGGGAAAUAGAUGCCCUGGACGGUCUGUGUUCUCGGAUCUGUGAUCAGUCUGGUGUACAUUAUAAAGUACUGAACCGAUGUAAGGGACCAGCUGUAUGGGGUCUCCGAGCUCAGAUUGAUAGAAAACUUUAUAAGCAAAAGAUGCAGGAGGAAAUCUUGACUACACCUCUGCUAACUGUUAAAGAGACAGCUGUGGAAGAUCUUCUUCUUACGGAACCAGACUCAGACCACCCUGGAAAAUGUCGUGUCAGUGGUGUUGUGCUAGAAGAUGGAAGCAGAGUGUAUGCUGAGAGUGUUGUCCUAACUACUGGCACAUUUCUGAGAGGAAUGAUUCUAAUUGGAUUGGAAGCAUAUCCAGCAGGGCGCCUAGGAGAUCAGUCUUCUAUUGGCUUGGCACAGACUCUGGAAAAAUUGGGGUUUGUUGUGGGAAGGUUGAAGACAGGAACUCCACCCCGAAUUGCCAAAGAUUCUAUUAAUUUUAGUAUUCUGAAUAAGCAAUUGCCUGACAACCCAUCUGUACCAUUCAGCUUUCUCAGUGAAGCAGUUUGGCUUAGGCCAGAAGACCAGCUACCAUGUUACUUAACAAAUACCAACUCAAGAGUUGAACAAAUUGUUAAUGAAAACAUUCAUCUUAAUACUCAUGUGAAAGAGACUACCAAAGGACCCCGAUACUGUCCUUCAAUUGAGUCAAAGAUUUUACGUUUUCCAAACCGUAUACAUCAAGUGUGGUUGGAACCAGAAGGAAUGGAUUCUGAUCUCAUCUAUCCACAAGGGCUUUCUAUGACACUACCACCUAACAUGCAAGAACAGCUGAUCACAUCUAUCAGAGGCUUGGAGAAAGCCAGGAUUGUACAACCAGGUUAUGGUGUUCAAUAUGAUUAUUUGGAUCCCCGUCAGAUCACUUCUUCUCUUGAAACGCAUUUGGUUCAGCGACUUUUCUUUGCCGGACAAAUAAAUGGUACUACUGGUUAUGAAGAAGCAGCCGCCCAAGGAAUAAUAGCUGGAAUCAACGCCAGUCUUCGGGUCCAUGGCAAACCUCCAUUUGUCGUUAGUCGCACAGAGGGCUAUAUUGGAGUCUUGAUUGAUGACCUUACCACACUGGGUACCAGUGAACCAUAUCGAAUGUUUACUAGCCGAGUAGAGUUCCGUGUCUCUCUCCGGCCUGAUAAUGCUGACAGCAGACUUACUUUCCGAGGCUACAGUGAAACUGGUUGUGUAUCACAGCAGCGGUAUAAUCGAGCUUCUUUGAUGAAAUCUUCUUUAGAAGAAGGAAUUGCUGUGCUGAAAUCUCUCCAGUUUUCUGGCUACAAAUGGAAAAAAAUGAUUCCAGAAGCCCCAAUAAGCACUAUUAAAAGUAAGCCUCAAAGCGCUUUGGACAUUUUGAAAUAUGAAGAAGUUGACAUGGCAAUGUUAGCCAAAGUUCUUCCAGAACCCUUGACAAAGUUUGCUGAAUGUCAGGAACUAAUGAACAGACUGAAAAUAGAAGCCACUUAUGAAUUAAGUCUGAUUCUUCAACAAAAGGAAAUAGAGGAAAUUCGACGAGAUGAAGCCCUUCAGCUCCCAAAAGAUCUGGAUUAUUUGACUAUCAGAGAUGUUUCCUUGUCCCAAGAAGUUCGAGAAAAGCUACAUUCUAGUCGCCCACAAACAAUUGGAGCUGCUAGUCGAAUACCUGGAAUAACUCCUGCUGCUAUUGUUAAUCUUCUAAGAUUUGUAAAGACUACUAAACACAAAAAGGAAUCUGUAGAUAAACUGUCUCUAAAUGAUCAAUACUUAAGUAAGACAGAUAGACUUCAAAAGAUAGAAUUAUAGCAUUUUAUUUAUAGAAAAAUUUCUGAAGGACUACUGAACCAAUUCUGUAAAGCAAUAUAUACAUAUACACUAAUGUUAACAUGUCUAACAACUAUCAAAAUAUAAUGUAUAUGCUUUACUAGAUCAUUGUGGAAUUGUCAUUAUUUCAAGAGAAGAACCAAAAAGUAUUCUUUCAAAAACUUGAAUUAUGGUUUUGAAGAAAUAGUUAAGAAAGUAUUAAGGAAAAUUGAGGAGAUUUACAUAAAUUACUGUAGCAUGACAUGAACAAUUUAUACAAUGUCAGCAACAUUAUCAAGAAAUACAACUUUGAAAGAUUUUAAAACUUUGAUCAAAGCAAUGCCAAUGGUGGAUCCAGAGAAUUGAAGAUGAAGCAUGUUAUCCAUUUUUUCACUGAAUGAUGAUAGACUGAAAAUGCCUAAUGAGAUAUGCAUUUUUGAACACUGUUAACUGUUGUUAACAUUCAUGUUGUUAACAUCCAUGUUUCUAUUUUCCCCAUUAUUAAAAAGAAUUAUUUACCUACUGUA